AUGCAUAAGAUGCAAGCGCUAGGGGUAACAAUGUCGAAGGUUUCACGUGAAGCUCUCAACGAGGCUGUAGCCGAUGUCCUCAAGGGCGCACAGGAGAAGAAAAGGAAAUUCCGCGAAACAGUCGAGCUCCAGAUCGGUCUCAAAAACUACGAUCCUCAGAAGGACAAGCGUUUCAGCGGCGCCGUCAGGCUGAAGAAUGUUCCUCGACCGGCCAUGAAGUUGCUGCUGAUUGCUGUAGCCCGUUUCAUAUAUGUCCUUCUUUACAGGCUGAAGAAUGUUCCUCGACCGGCCAUGAAGGUUUGCGUGUUCGGAGAUCAGCAUCACUUGGAUGAGGCCAAUGCUAACGGAAUCCCUUGUAUGAGCGCUGAUGACCUCAAGAAGCUGAACAAGAACAAGAAAUUGAUUAAGAAGCUAGCUAAGAGUUAUGAUGCUUUCCUGGCAUCCGAAUCUCUCAUUAAACAAAUCCCUCGUAUAAUUGGACCUGGUCUCAACAAGGCUGGAAAAUUCCCGUCAGUUGUUUCACACGGUGAGCCACUAUCGGUGAAGGUUGAGGAAAUCAAGGCAACAGUCAAAUUCCAGAUGAAGAAGGUACUCUGCCUUUCUGUAGCAGUAGGACAUGUUGAAAUGACUCAAGAGGAGCUGGUGUCGAACAUAUCUCUUUCAAUCAACUUCCUUGUGUCUCUUUUGAAGAAGAACUGGCAGAACGUACGCUCGUUGAACAUCAAAUCAACUAUGGGCAAAGCUCAGCGCCUUUAUUAA